AUGUCUUCCAUAGCUGUUCAAACAGAAGAGACAGUUAAUGACAUUAAUGUCGAUUCUCCUCUCUGCAGUGGUCUCUUCACCCAAAUUUUGUCUAUCCUAGAUGACGAACAGAACAAAUUUUAUUAUGAUAUAUCAGAAAGCUACCUUGAUUUUCCUCAUAAUUUGACUACCAAUACUGGUGAUGGAUGUAACACAAAUGGAAUAUUUGAAGCCCAAGAAACCUAUCUAGACGAUGGAACAGCGGAAAUCCAAGUAAAUAAUGGUAACAUAGAAGAAAUGACUAUCGCUGAAUUAGAAAGAUCUCUUCAAAUAUCUGAAUCUCGUCUAAGAACUAACUUGAAUGAGUUGAAUAAAAUCACAUCGGCAUUAUCAUCAACUUCACAUUCGUCAAAAUCAUCUACAGAACACAUUAAAGAAUGGUUAAAUUCUACUGGCGGUCAUCAUAAUAAUUCAACUUUGAAUAGUCCAGGAGUUGAACUAGUGGAUAGUGAAAAUAGGAACAGUUCAGUCGCUGACUUUGAAAUGGAUGGGAUUUGA